CAGCUCACAGACCUGUCAACACUGCCAUCUGGUCCUCUCUUACAGUUAUGAAAAAUCUCCACUUCAAGGACUCCUUCUGGAACUCUGACCUGACCUGCACUGGUGGCUAUGAUGCAAUUAUCCAGUAUCUCAAUGAUGGCAAGAGGACAUGCAAAGAGGUGGAAGAUUUCAUGAAGGCCAGGGCAUCAGUUGAGGAGAAGUACGCCAAAGAUCUUCUUGGUUUGUCCAAGAAGGUGUGUGGACACAAUGAGAUGAACACAUUAAAACGAUCCCUGGACAUGUUCAAAUUACAGACUGAACAUGUGAGUCUGUCACACUUACAACUGGCGCAGAACAUGAGGGAGGAGGCAAAGAAACUGGAAGAAUUCAGAGAAAAACAAAAAGAAGCGAGGAAAAAGAUGGAACAACAGAUGGAUGCGCUCCACAAACAGAAGUCUACAUAUUUCAAGAAGACAAUGGAUUCAAAGAAGACUUAUGAGCAGAAAUGCCGAGAUAAAGAAGAAGCAGAUCAGAAUGUGAAUCGAAACACCAACACCAACAACACCAAGCACAUUGAGAAGCUCUACUCAAAGGCGCAGAAUGCAAAACAGAACGCAGAAGAAGCUGACAGGUUAUACCAUCAGAAUGUGACCACAGUAGGAAAGCUUAGAGAUGAAUGGCUGAAGGAACAUGUCAAAGCCUGUGAGAUGUUUGAGAAACAGGCAAUGGAGCGUAUUAACUUUCUGAGAAACACAGUCUGGACUCACCUUAACCAGCUUUCCCAGCAGUGUGUGACCAGUGAUGAGCUGUAUGAGGAAGUGAGGAAGUCGCUGGAGCAGUGUGAUGUCCAGGAAGAUAUUGAACACUUUGUCAACCUCAGGCGGACCGGUGACAAACCACCAGCGCCGGUUGUGUAUGAGAACUUCUACAGCGGUCAGAGGUCUCCAGCUGUAGCUCCACCCUCUCGUCUGCCUCCACCAAUCAUCAGGAGGGGGCCUUUACCUGAUCCAACCAACAACAGUGGGGAUGAUACAGUCUACUCCACAGUGCAGGACGCCGGGUACAGUGUUAUCCAGUACUAACAUGCAGAUCUGCUGGAGAAGUUAUUGUGAAUC